AUGGCUGAAGCUGCUCCCGCAAGACAACACGGACCCAGUGCCGCUGGCAGGUUGUACGUGAAAGCCGUCUUCACCGGAUUCAAGAGGGCACUUCGGAAUCAACGCGAGAACACUGCCCUUUUGACGCUCGACGGUGUUCACUCAAAAGACGAGGCUCAUUGGUACGUCGGCAAACGAGCUGUCUACUUCUACAAGGCCCACAACAAGACCAACGGAAGCCGAGUGCGUGCUAUCUGGGGAAAAGUCACACGAGUUCAUGGAAACGCCGGAUCCGUCAGAGCCAAGUUCGGCCACAACCUUCCACCUGCGGCCAUGGGAAAGCGAAUUCGCGUGCUCCUCUACCCAUCGAACAUC